GGCUGCUGUGUGCCUAAUAGGAAAUAGUAAAAGCAGUGAGGCAGGUCAUUUUGGGAGCGAUUAUAUUCCAGCCCUGGUCACCACAUACACGGAGAGCAGGAGCGGGGAGCGCACGGCUGAGCGGCGACGGCGACAUGAGGGCGGCGUAGAGACACCGGCGGCGACGGCAGCGGCGGGAGCAGCGCCCCGUGCCCGCGCCCCCGCCUGUCUCGGCCCCCUCCCCAAUGAGCUCCUACUUUGUCAACCCGCUGUACUCCAAGUACAAGGCGGCUGCGGCGGCGGCAGCGGCGGCGGCGGGGGAGCCCAUCAAUCCCCCGUACUACGACUGUCACUUCGCGCCCGAGGUGAGCGGCCGCCACGCCGCCGCCGCUGCCGCCGCCGCCUUGCUCUACGGGAACGGCGCGGCUGCCGCCGGCUUCCAGCACGCCGCGCACGGCGGGGCGGGGGGCGGCGGCGGCGCGGUCGCGGACUUUUACCACCCGGCCGGGGGGAGCCCCACGGCCGCCUACCAGCCACCUCCUCCUCCCCCCGCCGCGCCUCCGCCUCCUGCCCCCUGCAGCGGGGUUACCUGUCACGGGGAGCCCGCUAAAUUUUACGGAUACGAUAACUUACAGAGACAGCAGAUUUUUACGACACAGCAAGAGGCCGAGCUGGUACAAUAUCCUGACUGUAAAUCGUCCAGUGCUAAUAUUGGCGAGGAACCAGACCACUUAAAUCAGAGCUCGUCUCCUGCUCAAAUGUUUCCCUGGAUGAGACCACAAGCGCCGGGUAGGAGGAGAGGAAGACAAACAUACAGCCGAUUCCAGACUCUAGAGCUGGAAAAGGAGUUCCUCUUUAACCCCUAUCUGACCAGGAAGAGGAGGAUCGAGGUGUCCCACGCACUAGGACUCACCGAAAGGCAGGUAAAGAUCUGGUUUCAGAAUAGAAGGAUGAAAUGGAAAAAAGAGAACAACAAGGACAAAUUCCCUACUUCCAGACAGGAGGGAAAGGAAGGGGAAGCCAAAAAGGAAGCACAUGAUCUCGAAGAAGACAGAGCUGAAGGCCGGACAAAUUAAAUUUGGCCCUCAAAGCUUUUGUGAAAGGCUAUCAAAAAUAACCAGCGCCAUAGACAGAUAUCUCGGCCCGUCCCCCUGGGACGUGUCCCUCCACUUGACAUUUAUUUGCCUCGGGUCUUUCAGUUGCUUGUGAUUUUGUUUUGUUUUUUAAAGUAUUCGGAACAAUCUCUAGUUUUAACAGUUAAUCUACUUAUUUUGGAAAUUUGAUACAGAGUUUGUAGCAGUACAUUUCUAAUUAUAUAUAUAUAUUUUAAUCUUAAAAGACGGUGAUUGCAAGAAACGACAUAAAGUUCCUAAUAAUAAAUACCAAUAAGCAAGACAUUUAAGAAUGCUUUAUUAAUCAAGACAAGUGCACUUGUACUAUUUUAAUUAUUAUUCUUAUCUUAUAUUGGAUAAAUUAAAGAAAUUUAAUAAAUAAAAGAUCUCAUAAAUAUAUUUAACCUUUUGCUAUUCAUAUUGGAUUAAAAUAAACCAAAUUUAUUUAAAAAA